CCAAAAUCCUCCCCCUUCAUGUUUUAUGUUUUUUUUUUAUUGAAACUUGAUUUCAUGAAUUUGCGCAGUAUAAUCAAAAUAAAUCUAUAAUUUUUCAAAUAUCCGUUCUUCCAGGAGAGAGAUCAAUUCGAACUCAGUUUGCUAAGGGAUGUCCAUUCAACAACAAUGUUCGGAAUUAAAUAGAACAAAAGAAAAAAUCAUUCCAUAAAAAAGUGAACAACUUUUUUUUUUUAAUCAAUAUAAAAAAUGUCUUAACAAAAAAGUACAAAUAUAAUAUAUUAAUUUUUUUUACCAACAUCUGUGUGCUAUAAAUUACUUAAUUCUGACGAAAUCCAAACUCGAAAUAGUGGGGAUUUACACAAAAUAUACAAAAAAAAGUAAUUUCCUCAGCGAAAACUUUCCUGUUCCAUAACUUUUUCCAUCGUCGUUUUGGUUUAACAGGAACGGAAAAAAAGAAUCCAAAAAAAGAUGGCGUUAGCCAGUGGAUCCUUGUUAAAAGCUCAAACACCAUUGCAGCAAUUAUUGGAGGAUAUUAAUUUUCAAAGAACAAAAGAAAUGCGACAAUUGUUAAAAGAUGAAUGUGGCUUUGUGGUACUCCAAGGAACAACCUAUUGGACAGAUCUUUUUGUGAGACAUUUCCUGUUUCAAUCCGAACCAGUUCAUAGUAUUGACUCUGAUGACUUGUUAUUCUUUGUUAGAAAAAAACAUGUCAAGAGUUCUUCCAGGCAUAUGCCGAAAUAUGAGACUGAAGUCGAUGUGUUUCGAAAGGAUUCACGUAAACUACCCAUUGGUGACCCAGAUGUUGAUUGGGAGGAGACAGUUUACUUAAAUAUGGUCAUACACCAAUUUGACUACACACUAACGCUGGCAAUUUGCACAAGAACAUCCCCAAAAGAAUUACAAGUUCUAAGGAGACAUUCACAGCGUGUAUAUGCCUCGCCAAGUCGUAGAAAAAUGGACACAAAAGGUGAAGGCGAAGAGAUGACUUAUCCGCACAUUUGUUUCAUGGUCGACAAUUUCGAUGAGGUUUUUAGCGACAUUUUGGUUCGUGAUGGGGAAAUGGUUUGCGUCGAGUUGGUUGCCAAUGACAAAGAUGGUUCUGUACAAGGUGUUAUAUUUUUGGGUUCUAUUCGUUAUGAUGCCUUAAAAAAGGUCUACGAUGCAAGGCAAUCAAGUUUAAGCUCUAAAGUUGCUCAAAGAAUGUCAUUCGGGCUGUUUAGUAGUGGUGCUGGAGUCCAGACACGUUGCGAAUUCGUUCGUAUGAAAGGUCCACAGGGAAAAGGACACGCUGAAAUGGCAGUUACAAAACCAAAGGGAUCUGGUGUUGAAACACCCACUAGUGAACCAGGAUUCUGUGCCACCGACAUGUGGGAAGAUUGGGAUGAAGAUCCCGACGACUAUUAUAACUAUCGUCAUCAGCGGCGACUCAGUGAUCCGAGUGCAAAUCUAAAUAAUUUCUCACGCUAUGGAUGGCGUGCAAAGAAUACCACCGACACAACUGCCGGCUCGAAGGCACGUUCUGAAAAUGAAGGUCUAGAUUCAUUGGCCAGUGAAGUGUCUGAAAUUGAAGCUGGCGAUUUAAGAGAUGAUCUUCGUCCUGCUUUCUCGGCAUCGGAGGCAAAAUUGAACGCAAUCGACAGCACUGCUAACGCUACCGCUCCAACUACAGCUCAAAGUAUCGCAGACAGCUUGACUUCACCAACAACAGGUGGUUGUGGUAAUUGCUUUGGACGGGGCUCACCUUGCAAGCGAUGGUCUGACACAGAUUCUGCACAAAUGUCUGAUGUGUAUUGUCGAGCUUGUGAAGAUGAAGCAGCGACAAAUUCUACUCCAGCCUGUCUCAAUAAUAUGCCCAAUAAAAAGUCCAAACCCAAGCACAAGACUAUUUUGAGUGUAGAAAGUGAAUUGGUUGUUGCAUCGUCUUCUUCUUCUUCAUCGUCGGAAGAUAAGUCACGAUCAAAGAAGGAUAAUAAAAAGAGUGCCAGUCCGAAGAAGGACAAAUCUGGAAAGUGUGCCAAGGAGAGCCGAGCAGAGAAAGCCAAAUCGUGUGAUGCAUCACUGAACGGUUCCAAUAACAAUUUGAAACCGCAACAGGAAUAUGAAAUAGCCGACGAUGCUACAUCCCUAAAUGGCGAUAUAGGAAGCGAAACAGUAGCAUCGUCGGGUAAAAUUGCAAUUCUUAGCGAAACGGAAAGUAAACUAAUGAUAAGCGUUCGAGGAAAAGAAGAACUUCCCGUGGAACAAGCGCAAAAAUCCUAUUCAUUUAAAAAAUGCGUACCUGGACACUCUGACAGCCAUCCACUACAACAGUCGAACGAAGAUAACGACGAUGUUUUUACGUCCCCACCAACCGAACCCCUGAAAAAUUCUCCAGAAACAAAAGUUGAUGACAUCGAUGUCGAUGGAGAUAAUGCCACAGAAAGUACACCAAUGUUGAACAAUAAUAGCCAUAACGAUUGCAAUGGCAACAACGAAGGAGUAACGAUUAAUAAAAAUUCCGCAGAGUCGACAAGAAAAUCUCUAUCCGAGACAGCAGCCAAUGCAGGAUUGGCUGACAAAGAUACAAAAACCUCAACGUUACCCCGUACGGGAGGGGCAUCAAAAAAAUCCUCCGUACAUCAAAAUUUCUAUAAUAAGGCUCUAAGGAUGGUGCCAAAACGAAGGACACCCGAUGGAACUGAUAUAUAUUACUGGUGUGAUUUGCCAAAAAAGGCGUUGAAAGAACUUGAUGAUGGUGCUUAUAAUCCACUUUGGGCAACAAGAGGAUUUACACAAACAUUUCAUUUUUGGAAGGAAAACCGAAGGCAACAAUCGACACCGUUGAAUGCGUUUUUAACUUAUGUAACACUGCCAUGGUGGAGUAUUGCUAAAGAUCUGCUUGAUCACCGAGAGACGCCAAUACUGACAUUUUAGUAUUACAGAACAUCAUCGAUAUUUCUUUAUCGUUUAAGUUUAAAUACGUUUUUUUUUUGUAUUAAUAUAUUGCGACAUAUUUAUUUUUUUUUAUUAUUUUUAAAACAUUUUAUUUGUAAAAGGCAUCUUGUGUUACUAUUUGAUAGUAUUUACAGUUUAAAUUGUGAUCUUAUUUGGUAUUUUUUAAUUUAAUUAAACUAAAAUACAUUUAUUUUA